AUAAUAUCGUACGAUCGUGUAUCGAGAACUGCGAUAUAUCUUUCGAUUGCUAUAACGGUACUAACAUUUUCAUAGGCAUGUGCUCAUGUAAAAUCACCUAUUACUUUUACUGUUCUUAUUGUCGAUAGUUGAAAGAACCAGUGCGUACAGCAGUUACUUUUCUUUUGAGUAAAGACUGCGCUUAGAAGGAUAUAUAAUCGUUAUAUAAAUCACCGCAGGUACUUUCUCGAUGCUAAAAAUCGAUUAUGCAAUGUAGGAUGUUCGAUUCGAUUGUAAAAUCGAAAGAAUGCGCUACAGGUCGCGGAUAAAAUUGGAAAGAAGGGGGAAUUCGAUUGUUUCAGAAAUUCACAUGAUUAGCAUACGCCGGUUUAAUUAGCGUACCGCUUGUUUUCUUAGCUGAAAAUUGUAAUUGACUAGAUUUGAAUAUAGAAAAGUAUAACGAGAUCCGUUCACUCGAUGAUACAACAUCCUAUUACUUUUUCAAUUAUUAUUAAUGGAAAGAUUCGUUUAACAAUGAUGAAUUCCAUGUAUUUCGACAACCUUGAUACGAAGAAACGGUACUGCUUUCAGUUUAAAUAUUUUCUGUGAAAGCUCUUAUUUUACGAUGCUAUAAAAAUUCUCAAGCAUGUUGUAUACUUAAGCAGCCUUUCGAGCUGCUACAAUAUUCGAUUCUCUUACAAUUUUUCACUUCUUCAGUUGACCUUGAAAUUUCUGAAGAUCUUCGACCUAGAAAUAAAAAAAUAAUUACUGUUACAUUACAGCGCCCUCGAUACCGUACAAUUUUUAUGAAUAAAAUUUCUUUUCGUAUUUUUAAGAAUAACGGAAGUGAUUUAAGUGAUCAGAGUUGUUGACCCAUACUUCACGUGAGAUGAUAUCUAUGAUAAUUGUAUCGUAUCAAUAUCAAGAGCACUCGAAAUAAAUUAAAUCGUGAUUUUAAUUAUCGCAGCCUUUCGUGAUUUUAUUCAAACUAAUUAUCCACUUAAUUAGCAACGCUAUUUAAUAUUGGGUGAUGAUGGUGUUUAAAAGGAUUUCAUUUUGUAUUAUUACCGACGGAUGAUAUUAAUUAUCGAUACUUUUUUAAUGAAAAUACUGUCAUCGAUUGAUUCCCUAGUUUUAUAUAAGCCUAAUUGGUAGAUGUAAUCGCUCCGACCAAUCACACGUCACGGUCGAUGUCACGUGUGAGUGAGGUGGAGCAGGACCAAUCAGAUUGCGUUAUUCUCGUGGGACUUCGUGUAAUCCGUGGACAGUAUAAAUUUUGAAAAGGGGGAAAGAAUACGAUUGCGAUUCACUGUUAUAAUAUAGCUCUUAACAGGAGCUCGAUCUUGACGACCGGUUCACGUGGACUCGGGGCCCUUAUCGACUUAACCUACUUCUUGCUUUAGGCGCACCGUUAUCUCGAUUUUGGCAGAAUUAUUUAAAUGUACGACACCCUAACGUAACGGACAUGACUUCGGACUUUUUAACAGAUUUCUUCACGCAAUGAUAUAUAUGAAAACUUCCCGUACACGUAAGAAUUUGUAGCUUCGUAUUAAGUCGGUUGACUGACGCUACGAGAUAGAAAGAAAAGUGGAAUCAGAUAAAAUCUGCAUUUUAAUUAAACCAAUACUUUGCGAAUGUUUGUUUCCUCGACGGGCUACAUAGACGUUUAACAGUAAUAUAUUUUCUAUAAUCGGGGGACAUUGAUGGCAUACCUAUGAUAUUGGUGAGAGUGUCUUCAUAAUUAAGUACUUCCUCGGUUUCUUCGCCUGAAAUUAUAGUCGACCAAUAACUGUACCUGAAAAACUGUUAAUCCACCUGAAAUCAUAAACGGCAUUCGCGCGAGGUUCUAAGUGGUGAUAGUCGGUAACGGUGCCGUAGGGAAAUCAUCGAUGAUCCAAAGGUUUUGCAAAGGUACAUACACGAGAGACUACAAGAAAACGAUCGGCGUGGAUUUUUUGGAACGGGAAAUCGAGGUGGACGGCGAGGACGUGAGACUGAUGCUGUGGGAUACCGCGGGUCAAGAGGAAUUCGACGCAAUCACCGCUGCUUAUUAUCGCGGCGCCCAUGCCUGCGUGCUCGCUUAUUCAGCCACCGACAGAGAUUCCUUCGACGCCAUUCCUUCGUGGAAGCUGAAGGUGGAAAACGAGUGCGGUGAAAUUCCCACGGUUCUUGUACAAAACAAGAUGGACCUGGUUGAUCAGUGCGUCAUUGAUCCGGACGAGGCUGAGAGGCUCGGUCGUGCCCUAGGUUGUAAGCUCCUAAGAACAUCCGUGAAAGAGGAUGUCGGUGUUAUGAGCGUCUUCCGGCAUCUGGCGUCGCGAUGUCUCCACGAGAUGCGCCGCUGCGACGACGAUUAUCAAGACGACCUGAGAUUAUACUCUACCGGGCCUAGAUCUCCUUCUGUAAUAAGUGCUUUUAGUCCGAACGGAUCCACGUGUAGCCGGAAUACAGGGAAUGGUACCAUAGUUUUACGGCCGGGUGCCAAGACAAAGAAUCACAAAAAAAGGAAUUUCGUAAAAAACGCUUGUAUACUACUUUAGUCUUUUUCG